ACACACACACACACACACACACACCGGGCACCGGGCCGCAGAAAACAUUGGCCUUGGUUCCCCCCCCCCCACACACACACACCGGCACGCACGCGUCAUGUCAGGUUCACUGGCGCUGUUGGAGGAGCGCCUGCAAGGUGUGGUGAAGCAUGUGGAUGCUGCAAGUACACGCGCGCUGGCUGACGCGCUGGACCAGCUGGAGCUGCCUCUGGUCGUGCGCAUCUCCGCACACGUGGCGUCCACCUUCCGCUCCCUCAUCGGCCACCCACGAGCCAACGAGGCCACUGUUAUUGCGGCCAUCCAAGGGCUUUCCUCCCUCUUCAGCCUCACAGCCGACGCGGCUUCGGCUGCAAACGCGGCCAGAACGGCCGUGGAAGGCAAGGCCAAGCACACUAUGAGCCACAGCAACAGCGCCAACCACGCAGCCGCACCUGCUGCUCAACAGAGGAAGAAGGCGCCCUCCACACCCCUGGAUGUCCCACUGCACCUUGCGCUCCUUGCAGACAUCAUGCAAGGCAAGAAGCUGCGUGUGUCGGCGUCCGAGGAAAUCACGCUGGCCGCCCUCUCCGCGUACAUGAGUACCACUGACAGACACCACGAGCUGGCGUGUGCGCUGAGCGAGCAGCCCGUGCUCAUGGGCUACAUCAUUUACGUGCUGCUUGCCAAGAGCGAGGACACUGGCCUGCAGAUCCGGACUCGGGCCGAGGCACUCGCUGCCAUCCGCUGCACACUUGUUCUCGCGGCCAAGAACGCCAAAGCGCUCGCGUUUGCAGUUCCGGGCAUCCUCUCGUCCAUCACCAAGCUGGUGACGCAGGGUGCCUAUGUCCACAGCUCACUGGCCACAGCCAGCCUGGACUUGCUCACCUUUCUCUUGUCCCUCCUUGGCACCGCCACUCCUCCGGCACCGUUGCUUCCUCCCGAAGCAGCGAGCAACCCCGACGACAACCACGACGUGCAAGCCACCUUGUCCCGCCUCACCUUGGUAUCCUCAGACACUGAUGACAACAACGACGACGAUGACGACAAUAAUGGCGGCGGCGGCGACGGCGCUGUUGGCGAGGCGAGUCGUGAGGACACGCGGCGUAUGGGCGACGGUGCUGAUGACGGCGGUGUCGGUGCCAAAGAGGAGCGUAUCAGGGAGCUGCAUGUCGACCUGGAUCAGUCGUGGUGGGAGCAGGCGGCAAAGAACGUGGUGCUUCGGGUGUCGCUGGUGCUGAAGACGCUUCAACGGCACGAGGACGCACGCGUGCGUUUGGCGUGUGUGUUGUGCGCCUUUGCUCUCAUGCGUACGUGUGCUGUACACAUGCCAACCGUGACAGAACCCGCCAUGGAGACGCUGCUUACCGCAAUGACAGACGACAGCGCUGGGGUGUGCGCAGCGGCUGCAGACGCAUACGCAGCGCUCGUACAGCCGGUUGAUGGACCCAACUUGCACGCGAAUGAGAAGCAGCAGCAGCAGCAGCAACAACAACAACAACAACAACAACAACAACAACAACAACAACAACAACAACAACAACAACAACAGCAGCAGCAGCAGCAGCAGCAGCAGCAGCAGCAGCAACAAAACCAAUCGUGUGGCCUGAGUGUGGCUGCUCGUCGGGUGCGACGCCACGUUGCCAAGAGGGCGGAGGCGGCCAUGCAACGUGUGCUGCGCCAAACGCUGGUGAGCUUGCCCCGGUGCUGUCGAACAGGGUCCGAUGAGGACAUUUUGUUUUCGCUGCGGCGCCUGGCUGGAUGUUUUCGCCUGCUGAGUCCUCCCACGAUCACCGCGCUGCGUUCCGGCAACGGCAUCAAGCAGUUUGUGGGUGGCAUGUGCACGGUGCUUGCGUUUGACGUGCAAGAGUACGAUACGCUGGUGGCAGACGCGCUGGCAUCCACGCGAGCCGGGGAGGGCACGGAAGAUGAUGAUGAUGGUGGCGGUGGUGAUCAAGGAGACCAGAGGCGCGGAGAUACCGGUACACAAGACCAUGGUGAUGGUGGUAGUGGUAAAGGUAAAGGUGGUAGUGGUGGUGGAUUGAAGAAGGUGUACAAAUAUCAUCGCAGUGACGACGUGGUUGCCGCUGCACACCUCGUCUGCCGCCGUCUUGCACAGCAUCCAAGCUGUCUGAGAGAUGUGUUUACGGCUGUGCUGCGCCACCCGCUGGAGCAGAUACGAGAGCAGCCGUCCCUCGCCACCAUCCUCAUGCGCAUGCUCGAUGACCGAGCAACCGCAGAACACACGCACAUGACCAGCGCUGACGGCAGUGCGUCAACACCCACGGCAGCAGCACCAGCCGCAAGGGAAGCAGAAGAAGAGGGGUUUGAUGUUGUGGGGCUGAGCAGUGUGCGUGUGUUUAUGCAAUCGCCAGAUGACCCAUCGUUCUGGUGCACGGCAGUGAAUGUGUAUAUGCCAAAGAGGCAGCAGCAGAAGACGAGGGCAGUAGAUGAAGGGAUGGAGGAGACCAAACAACGACAACAACAACAACAACAACAACAACAACAGCAGCAACAGCAGCAGCAGCAGCAGCAGCAGCAGCCAGGCUGGCGGCUUGCUGCUCAACGGCUCUACACACUGGCGAUGCAACCAUACUGGCACACGCUGCCCGUCGUUGCACCCGCACAGUCUGUGCAUGAGCCGGCAACGCCACCUUCAGCACCACUUUCGUCGUCAUCAUCAUCAUCAACACUGCAGUCGAUGUUGCUUCAUGCACAGGCUGACACACGAGCGCGAGCAAGUGCUGCGCACCGCCGCCUGACAGCAAAGGAGCUGCGAACAAAUGUUCUCGCGGUGUGUACGGCACUGGAGGCAUUGGCGCAAUCAGCCACGGUGCUUGGUCCGUCGUUCAGCAGCAAGCUGCCAGAGGCCCUGUAUUGCCUCCUCUUCCACGCCGCGUCCCCAAACAUCGUCGUCCACCACGCCGCAAUCACUGCGCUCGACACCGUUGCGCGCGCGUGUCGCUGUCCAUCGCGGUUUGCGCUCAUCGGCAGCGCUGCGCCUGUGCUUGUCGGUCGCAUUGCCGCGUACAUCAGGUGCCUUGACCUGCACCCCGAGGCCCCGCUGGCGUUGGAAGCACUUCUCUCGCAUGCUCCGGCGUCCGCCUUCCAUGUCAUGCGGAACACAACAACCAGCGUCUUCCUCGGCCUUGACGGAUAUCACGAUGCAGAGACGACAGCGACGUAUCUCCGACUCCUCUACCACUUUGCGCGUGCAGUGCACCGGUGGCGGCCUGCGCUUGAUCUCCUCCACCGCCGCGCGCAUCCGACGUGGAGGCCCGAGGCCGAGAUGACCGCAGCCGCACUCGCAGACCAGGAGCACGGCGGUGGUGAUGGUGAUGGUGAUGGUGAUGGUGAUGGUGAUGGUGAUGGUGAUGGUGAUGGUGGUGGUGAGCAGCCUUCAACUGAAAUAGGCUUUGAUGCGCGUCUCGGGGAGAUGCUGUCCAAGCUUGGAGAGAACCCCACUGAUGAGCAGAUUGCAUCACUGCAGCGGGAGUUUGGGCCCGAAUUGGAGCGCAUGAUGCAAGAGUUGGAGCAGAAACAAAACGCGCGCGGAAGUAAAGGGGGAGCCGACGCAGAGGACAGGAAGCCAAGCGAUGAUGACGACGAUGAGAAGGGCCCGCCGCCACCGCCAUACGUCGCCGUUGCAGAACAGAUCACGAAGCGUGUGCUCCACUUCAUGGCGGAAGCGCACCCCAAAGCGCGUCAAUCGUGUUUGCGGACGCUUCGAGAGACACUUCUCGUGCUCGCACCGCACACGCGCCAGCUCCUCCCGCUUAUCCACCAGACAUGGGCUCCCCUGGUAACGCGCCUGGACGAUUCUGUGCUCUUUGUGCGCGAGGCCGCUGUUGCCCUCCUCACUGUCGUUGCCGACACGGGCGGCGAUUUCGUCACAAAACGCAUGACAACCGAGGCUGUGCCGCGGCUCGUGUCGCUGCUGGACCAGCAGGGCGCCCUCCUGCACCGUGAUCUCUCCCGCUUCCACUCGUCUGUCCGCCUUGUUGUGGCCGCCCUCUCUGUGCUUGGCAGCCGCUGGGCUGACCUCAACCUCACCAGCUUCCAGCUCAAGCCCAUCGUGCGCUGCUGUCUGCCGUUCCUUCGCUCCGAUCUCCCUCCAAACGUGCAGGACGGCGCAGUGUGUGCCAUGCGGCGGCUGGCGACCAUUGACGCUGAUGUCGUCUGGUUUGGUCUUGUCACCACGUGGCACCGGCACAUCGACGCGCAGCGGCACAACGAGGGCAGUGCCAGUGGCGAUGUGGCGGUGAGCGGUGAUGGUGGUGUGCGUAUGACGCGGUGGGCGUUUCCCAAAGGGGAUGGGCGGUAUGCGGCCAAUGUGAAACGCCUCUUGCAGGAGUUGGAUGAAUAAAUGCACGCACGCAGCA